AAAACAAAGGCAUGUACUGCCGUAAUUUAAAUACUCAAUCAUUAGCAAAACAUGAAAUACAAGUUGUUUUAUUAUUUACUGUCAUUUUCCCGAUACAAAAUAUAGUGAGAAUUCUGAAAUCUCGCUAACACGAAAUAAUCGGAGAAUUCUCGUAGAAUUAUGAUUUGUUACAUAUAUUUACAUGUUAAGAACAAGUAAGGAGUGAGGUUAGGAAACGUAAAGUUAGAAAACAGUAAGAUCAGUUUAAUAGCGAUGAUAAAUUCUUUCCACAAGAGAGAAACUUAAGCAAGUUUUAAUAAAAUGUUGUCCUACGAUGGAAAACUAAGUUUAUUUUGUUUCACUGCGGCUGCGGUAAUCGCAGUCCUACCUGAAAUAGUUUUGAGGUUAGAGUUCGAUAUUCCUGAUGCAUAUUUCAGUAAUAUCUGGCUUACCCACCUUUUUCAAUACGGGGUUUUAAACUUACUCUUGAUUCUUGCCUUCCGAGGCUUUUCUUAUCAGGUUGCAGUAAGAGCGGCUUUUCUAGGAUAUGUUUUUGGUACUGGAAUCAUAGUAGCAUUUGUUGCACCACCAUCAUGGCAAAUGUUUGGUGUAUACAUUACUGUAUUGGCCACAUUUCAUUACACAGAAUUCUUAAGCAUAGCUUGGAUAAAUCCAUCUACCCUAUCUAUUGAUAGCUUUAUCUUAAAUGACAGUGUAGCUUAUGGAGUAGCAGCAUGCUCUGGCUGGAUGGAGUUUAUUACCGAAAGACAUUAUUUUCCAACAAUGAAGGAAUCUUCAUUUAUAUCGUACCUCGGAUUGAUAUUAUGCAUCGGUGGAGAAAUUUUAAGGAAGUCAGCAAUGUUCACGGCGAAACAUAAUUUUAAUCAUAUUGUACAAAGUGAGAAGAUGGAGAACCAUGAAUUGGUUACCUGUGGAGUAUACAGACUUUGUAGGCAUCCUAGUUAUGUAGGCUGGUUUUAUUGGUCUAUUGGAACACAGUUGAUACUUCAGAAUCCAUUUUGCCUUUUGGCAUAUGCAGUAGCAUCUUGGAAGUUUUUCCACGAUCGCAUUUUAUUCGAAGAAAUUACUUUGCUUAAUUUCUUUGGAGAGGAGUAUAUCGAAUAUCAGAAAAGAGUGGGUACAGGACUACCGUUCAUAUCUGGUUACAAAGUCAAUUUAUAGCAGCCGGUAUCCGUCUGAACGAUAACUUUUAAAUAAUGUUUUAUUAAAUUUUUCUAUCAAUAUUUGAUAGAUAUUAAUUUCUCAGGUGUAACAGAACGGACUUAUUUAUACCAGCUUUGUUUUGUAUAUUAUUUCUUACAAGGAUAUACUUUUUCUGUUAAUCAUGAAAUGGUAAUUAAACAGCGUUCUUAACAAAAUUAUAUUUAUUGUCUCAUUUCACUUUGAAGAAUUAUUCAUGUAACAAUAGACUACACUUUCAUGUUACGUUAGAUACUUUCAAUUGACGAUUAUACAUUUCUUUUUGUUCUUUUAUAUUUAUGUUUAUAUACACAUAUAAGCUUACAUUAAAGCUUAUACAUAAAACAUUCAGAAAGCAUUUGUUCGAUGUUGGAUAAUAAGAAGGUGCUAGGUCGAAGCAAUGUACUUACAAUUGUAUAUAGUAAAUUUCUGUACACAGUCAUUUACAAUAUAUUGAUAAAGUUUUGAUAUAUGUUUUAAAAAAUUCUAUGCGGGUAUUAACAUGUUUAUCUUCUAUGAAAUUAAAGAAUAUAUAUUGAAGUUAAAAGAUAAAAAUUCGCGAAUAUACAUGUUAUCGGGCUACGAAAAGAAAUGAAUGAACGGUCUAGCUGUUAUUAUUGUGCAUUGAAUUCGAGUCUUUCUUGUUCAUUGAUUCGUCAAUUCAUUUGCCCUAUAAAAGUGUUCACGAUAAUUGCAUUUGUAAUUGACAGCAAAUCAUUUAACAAAUAAACGCAUGAAUAUAAAGUACAUUUUUAUGAAUGAAUUUGUAACAUAAACGCUACCCUGUAAUGUCAAUCUAAUGAACAAUAAAAUGAUCUGUAAAAGUUCCAUCUAAA